CCAAACACGAUCUAAAUCUCAACCCCUCCCUUCUCUUCCCAUUUCCUCGAUCUUUCUAUAUCUCUCUCCGGAAGCCGGCGACGUCUCCGGCGGCGUUUGCGAUCUAAUUCGACGGACUCGAAUUCCGCCAUUGCCGGAGCAGGUGGGAAUGGCUUCUUCGGAAGCCGCUUCCCGUCUGAGCCAGGUUGUAUCCCCAGCUCUUGAGAAGAUCAUUAAGAAUGCGUCAUGGCGGAAGCACUCUAAGCUCGCACAUGAAUGUAAAUCUGUUAUUGAACGUCUUACCUCAUCUCCGAAGCCUUCUUCUCCAUCUUCUCCGUCGUCUCCUACUGAUUCCGAGGCUGAAGGGGCCGUUCCUGGUCCACUCAACGAUGGCGGUCCAGAUGAAUAUUCGCUCGCGGAGUCUGAGGCUAUUCUUAGCCCUCUCAUCAAUGCUUCAUCAUCGGGAGUUCUCAAGAUAGCGGAUCCAGCAGUUGAUUGUAUUCAGAAGUUGAUCGCGCAUGGUUAUUUGCGUGGCGAGGCUGAUCCUAGCGGGGGCGUUGAGGGGAAACUGCUGUCGAAAUUGAUCGAAUCUGUAUGCAAAUGUCACGAUUUAGGUGAUGAUGCUCUCGAGCUUUUGGUGCUCAAGACUCUUUUAUCGGCUGUCACCUCGAUCUCGUUACGAAUUCAUGGGGAUUGUUUGCUACAGAUUGUUAAGACUUGUUACGACAUCUACUUGGAUAGUAAGAAUGUGGUUAAUCAAACUACAGCUAAAGCAUCGCUGAUUCAAAUGCUAGUGAUCGUGUUUCGGAGAAUGGAGGCAGAUUCAUCUACAGUUCCUGUUCAGCCAAUUGUUGUUGCGGAAUUGAUGGAACCAAUUGAGAAAGCGGACGCAGAUGGGUCGAUGACGCAGUUUGUCCAAGGGUUUAUCACAAAAAUUAUGCAGGAUAUUGACGGGGUUUUGAACCCGACCACGCCCGGUAAGGUUUCAAUAGGUGCGCAUGAUGGUGCAUUUGAGACGACUACUGUGGAAACAACAAAUCCUGCUGAUUUGCUGGAUUCAACUGACAAGGAUAUGUUGGACGCAAAGUAUUGGGAGAUUAGUAUGUACAAAACGGCACUGGAGGGAAGGAAAGGUGAGUUGGCAGAUGGAGAGGUUGAAAGAGAUGAUGAUUUGGAAGUUCAGAUUGGUAAUAAGCUGCGGAGGGAUGCAUUCUUGGUGUUUAGAGCACUUUGCAAGUUAUCCAUGAAGACUCCACCGAAGGAGGCAAUGGCGGAUCCACAGUUGAUGAAGGGGAAGAUUGUCGCAUUGGAAUUGUUGAAAAUUUUACUGGAAAAUGCUGGUGCUGUUUUUAGAACGAGUGAGAGGUUUCUGGGUGCCAUUAAGCAGUAUCUGUGUCUUUCAUUGUUGAAGAACAGUGCUUCAACUCUUAUGAUUAUAUUUCAGCUAUCGUGCUCCAUUUUCAUCAGUCUGGUUUCACGAUUUAGAGCUGGAUUAAAAGCAGAGAUUGGAGUCUUUUUCCCCAUGAUUGUUUUGAGAGUGUUAGAAAAUGUUGCUCAACCGAACUUCCAACAGAAGAUGAUAGUGCUUCGAUUUGUAGAAAAGCUGUGCAUUGAUUCCCAAAUAUUGGUGGAUAUUUUUAUUAAUUAUGACUGUGAUGUCAAUUCAUCCAACAUAUUUGAAAGAAUGGUCAAUGGACUUCUUAAAACUGCUCAAGGUGUUCCUCCUGGUGCAGCAACUACACUAUUGCCACCUCAGGAGUUGACCAUGAAACAUGAAGCUAUGAAGUGCUUAGUUGCUAUCUUGAAAUCAAUGGGGGACUGGUUGAAUAAGCAGCUAAGGAUUCCAGAUCCUCACUCCACCAAGAAAAUUGAAGUGACUGAAGCCAGCUCCGAAUCUGUUAGUGUUCCAAUGUCAAAUGGCACUACUGAUGAGCAUGGUGAAGGUUCAGAUUCCCAUUCUGAAGUUUCCACUGAGACUUCUGAUGUUUUGACAAUAGAGCAACGCCGUGCCUACAAGCUUGAACUCCAGGAAGGUAUAUCACUUUUCAACCGCAAACCUAAGAAAGGAAUUGAAUUUCUUAUCAAUGCUAAUAAGGUGGGAAGUUCACCUGAGGAGAUAGCUGCAUUUCUUAAAGAUGCGUCUGGUUUGGACAAGAGUCUGAUUGGUGAUUAUUUAGGGGAGAGGGAAGACUUGUCACUUAAAGUAAUGCAUGCAUAUGUGGAUUCCUUUGAUUUUCAAGGAUUGGAGUUUGAUGAGGCUAUUAGAGCACUUCUUAAAGGCUUUAGGUUGCCCGGUGAGGCACAAAAGAUCGAUCGUAUUAUGGAAAAGUUUGCCGAGCGUUAUUGCAAGUGUAAUCCAAAAGCUUUCAUAAGUGCUGAUACAGCCUAUGUUCUUGCAUACUCUGUCAUAUUGCUUAAUACUGAUGCUCAUAACCCGAUGGUGAAAAACAAGAUGUCUGCUGAAGAUUUCAUUAGAAAUAAUCGUGGCAUAGAUGAUGGUAAAGAUUUGCCUGAGGAGUAUCUGAAAUCAUUAUAUGAAAGGAUAUCAAGAAAUGAGAUUAAAAUGAAGGAUGAUGAGUUGGCUCCUCAACAGAGACAGUCUACCAACUCCAACAAACUCUUAGGCUUUGACAGUAUUCUUAACAUUGUGAUACGUAAGCGAGGGGAGGACCAGAACAUGGAAACCAGCGACGAUCUUAUCAGGCAUAUGCAAGAGCAAUUUAAAGAGAAGGCUCGCAAAACUGAGUCAGUUUAUUAUGCAGCGACAGAUGUUGUCAUUCUUAGAUUCAUGAUUGAGGUAUGCUGGGCUCCCAUGCUGGCUGCCUUCAGUGUUCCACUUGACCGAAGUGACGAUGAAGUAAUUAUAGCUUUAUGUCUUGAAGGCUUUCAAUACGCUAUCCACGUUACUGCAGUAAUGUCCAUGAAGACUCACAGGGAUGCUUUUGUGACUUCACUUGCAAAAUUUACCUCCCUCCACUCUCCUGCUGAUAUCAAACAAAAAAAUAUUGAUGCAAUUAAGGCAAUAGUUAAGAUUGCAGACGAGGAGGGAAAUUUUUUACAAGAAGCAUGGGAACACAUUUUGACAUGUGUUUCUCGGUUUGAGCAUUUGCAUCUCCUAGGCGAGGGUGCUCCUCCAGAUGCCACUUUCUUUGCUUUUCCUCAAAAUGAGUCUGACAAAUCAAAGCAAUCCAAGGCUACUAUGCUUCCAGUAUUGAAAAAGAAAGGAGUUGGGAGGAUUCAAUUUGCAGCUGCUGCUGUGAUGAGGGGAUCAUACGAUAGUGCUGGUAUAACUGGCAAUGCUUCAGGCGUCACAUCAGAACAGAUGAACAACUUAGUUUCUAAUCUUAAUAUGUUAGAACAAGUUGGAAGUUCUGAAAUGAACCGCAUCUUCACUAGAAGUCAAAAGUUAAACAGUGAAGCUAUUGUGGACUUUGUUAAGGCACUUUGCAAGGUUUCCGUGGAGGAGUUGCGUUCCACAUCUGAUCCUCGUGUCUUCAGCCUUACAAAGAUUGUUGAGAUUGCGCACUAUAACAUGAAUCGCAUCCGACUUGUAUGGUCAAGGAUCUGGCAUGUGCUUUCUGAUUUCUUUGUGACUAUUGGAUGCUCUGAAAACCUUUCCAUUGCAAUAUUUGCAAUGGAUUCCUUACGUCAAUUAUCCAUGAAAUUCUUAGACCGAGAAGAGCUGGCGAAUUACAACUUUCAGAAUGAAUUUAUGAAGCCUUUUGUCAUUGUUAUGCGUAAGAGUAGUGCUGUUGAGAUUCGAGAAUUGAUUAUUAGAUGUGUUUCUCAGAUGGUGUUGUCCCGAGUUAAUAAUGUUAAAUCCGGAUGGAAGAGCAUGUUCAUGGUUUUCACUACAGCUGCUUAUGAUGACCACAAGAAUAUUGUUCUUUUGGCCUUUGAAAUAAUCGAGAAAAUUAUUAGAGACUAUUUCCCAUACAUUACAGAGACCGAAACAACCACCUUUACAGAUUGUGUAAACUGCCUAAUCGCAUUUACCAAUAAUAGGUUCAAUAAGGACAUUAGCCUCAAUGCCAUUGCCUUUCUACGGUUCUGUGCAACCAAACUUGCUGAAGGAGAUCUUGGAUCCUCAUCAAGGAAUAAGGACAAGGAGCUCUCCGGAAAAAGUUCUCCUCUUUCACCACAGAAAGCAAAAGAUGGCAAACAUGAUGCAGAGAUGAAUGACAAAGACAACCAUCUCUAUUUCUGGUUCCCUUUGUUAGCCGGCUUGUCAGAACUGAGCUUUGAUCCCAGGCCUGAGAUCCGAAAAAGUGCUUUACAAGUGUUGUUUGAUACCUUACGCAAGCAUGGUCACCUUUUCUCAUUACCUUUGUGGGAACGGGUCUUUGAGUCUGUCUUGUUUCCAAUAUUUGAUUAUGUCCGACAUGCUAUUGAUCCAUCAAGUGCAAGUUCAUCAGAGCAGGGAGUUGAUAGUGAGAAUGGUGAACUUGAUCAAGAUGCCUGGUUAUAUGAGACAUGUACCUUGGCUUUACAACUAGUCGUUGAUCUUUUUGUCAAAUUUUAUAGCACCGUCAAUCCCCUUUUGAAGAAAGUGUUGACACUUCUGGUUAGUUUCAUUAAGCGUCCUCACCAAAGCCUAGCUGGCAUUGGAAUUGCUGCAUUUGUUCGCUUGAUGAGCAAUGCCGGAGAUUUAUUUUCUGAGGAGAAGUGGCAAGAAGUGGUAUUCUCAUUAAAAGAAGCAACAACUGCGACACUUCCCGAUUUCAUUUUCCUAUUGAACACCAAUUCUACAAUAAGGAGCCACAGGGUUGAGUCAAACGAGGAGAAUAAUGCAGAGACCAACGGUUCUGAGUUACCUGAAGAUGAUUCGGAAAGCCUGACAGUGCAACAUGUAUACACGUCAAUAUCCGAUGCCAAAUGUCGAGCUGCUGUUCAACUUUUAUUGAUACAGGCAGUUAUGGAGAUCUACAACAUGUAUAGGUCUCACCUUUCGACUAAAAACGUGUUGGUCCUAUUCGAUGCUUUACACAGUGUAGCAUCUCAUGCUCAUGUCAUUAACACCAGUGGGCCAAUACGUACAAAGCUACAAGAGUUUGCCUCUAUAACACAAAUGCAAGACCCUCCGCUGCUACGGCUCGAAAACGAGUCUUACCAAAUUUGCCUCUCUUUUGUACAGAAUCUCAUUGUGGAUAGACCUCACAGUUAUGAGGAGGCAGAGGUCGAAUUGUACCUUAUUAAACUCUGCCACGAGGUGUUGCAGUUCUAUGUUGAAACAGCACAGUACGGGUGUGUGGUUGAAGCAUCGGUUAGUAGCGGCACACAACCCCAUUGGGCAAUUCCUUUAGGUUCUGGCAAGCGAAGGGAAUUAGCUGCUCGGGCACCUCUCAUCGUUGCUAUUCUUCAGGCCAUUUGUAACCUAAGCGAAGCUUCGUUCGAGAAGAAUUUGACCGGCCUUUUCCCUUUAUUGUCUAGCUUGAUAAGUUGUGAACAUGGAUCAAAUGAGGUCCAACUAGCUCUCAGUGAAAUGCUCAAUACUUCGGUCGGUCCCAUUUUGCUUCGAUCUUGUUGAUCGACUCGGUAAGUCUAAGACCUCACCUUUUGAGAUGUAUGAUAAAGUUUUUAUGAAGCCUUAUAGUCGUUUUUUUCUUCUUUAUUACAAUCGAUUUUUCGUUACAUUUUUAUAUUUUUCUGCUUCAGUCAUCAUAGCAUAAGUUUAGGCUUUGUAGCAUAAAGAGGUAGUGAUGGUUUUGAAUUUUUUUGCUAGUAAUUCUAAACCUUAUUGAAUCUUAAUUUAUUCUGGAGAGUCACCCCUCCUUUCAGAAUUAAUAGCGUUAGAGUUUCUUAUGUAUUCACAUAUAUA